AUGGAAGGAGAGGCUGUGCGAGUGCGUGGGCCAAGGACGAGCGAGAGCUUCCGUCCCGACGUGAGCUUAACGAUCCCGUCGCUUGACGAGUUGCCUCGACUGCCGGCUUCGCCUUCGCUCGCUUCGAUGAUUGCAGCAUCUGCGCUGGCCAGUCCUACGCUCUCUCAGCACUUCUCACCCGGCGGACUAUCAUCUUCAUUGUCACGCAGCACGGACGAGACCACGCUUGAGACGAGCGCCGAAUGCCCUGCAUACGUCAAGGCGGCGACGACGACAGAAGUCAUCGAUGUACCAAUCGUGCAGUGCCAUGAUCGCAUGACAUCGACAGCAUCACCCAUCUACGAUGAGGCAGCGUUGCAGGUUGUCAGUGUGGACGAGGCGCCCCUAGCGUCCAGUAUGCCCGAGCCGGUCUUUCGUACAGACAGGAGCUUGUCAGCGCCUGCAGCCGCGGGUGUAUCAUCGGAAGCAGGUCGCGUUAACAGCGUUAACAGUGAAGUCUUGCCGGUCGCAAUGCCCAUAAAGCAUGCCCUCGUCAGUCCGAUUCGACCAUACUUUGUUGAUCCGUUCACCACGCAGGUUCUGAGCAUGAAGGACUGCGAUGUCUCAGCAGUAGCGAUCUCACCCAUGGAUACGCGCGGUCAUACUCUGCUUGAAGCCUCACACGCAAUGACGACCUCGGCAGUAGCCGUGAAUGCACAAUUCAGCGCGCAGACCGAAGAUUCUUUACCGCGCAACCUUGACGAUGCAUCUACAUCGCCGCCCGAACCACCGCCGAAAGACUUACAAGUCGAGGGCGAUGCCCUCGAGCUGAAUCAUCUGGACAUGUCUGAGGCUGAGCGCUUCAAAGUUGAGACGCUCGCGCAGGAAAAGCCUCGGCCACGGCAUUCAACACCUGCACAUAUCCCUGCCUCGACGGAGAGUGGCGAAAAUGCGCCUGCGUUUCCUCGCAUCUCGCACGAGCAGUCCGAUCAGCGUUCGUACGCUGCUUCCGUCGUCGAUGACGAUCCUGACUAUAAUCCUCUAUACAUCGUCAUGUCAACAUCUCAGUCUGCACAUAUCCGAGCAGCUUGGCAAGCUGCUAAACUUAUUCUCGUUCCCUCAAGAUCGUUCUUACCGCUCGGUCUAAUCGCACGGAUCGAUCCAGCGUAUGUCGGCGAGCCGGGUGCGCCUGAAGACUGGGAACGGUGGGUCGCAAUGCAUGCCUUCUGUCCACAAGCGAUAGCGCCGGACCAUUACAUCAACGCUGUGCCGGAUCAACAAUCUGUCAAGGCGGUUCUCGAGACCCGGGAUGGCUCUACGGUUAUCAACUUGCAGCAUGAUGAUCAUCUGACGGGAUGCAGUCCCCUUGCGCCGUCUUUCACUGCCAGUGUGCAUAGCGACAAUGACGGCCCGACAGGCCCUUCUGAAACUGCUGCAGAGCUAGAUGGCAGUCCACCAGAGCCUAAGCUUCGCAAGUCGCGAAGCUACGCAAAACUGAUUGCAGACUCGUUACGGCCGCCCGUUUCGCGCAUUUUGCCCCGCUCAAGUUCCCUGCAGAUUGGCGACAUCAGCUUGCCACACGAGACCCAGGCCGUGCCGAGCCGACAGAUUCAUGUUAUCGCCGAGGGCAUGGUGUACAGACGAUCACGGCUCAAUUCGACAGCGUCGCUCAUGGGCUCGUUGCUAUCUGUCGCCGAGGAGGAGAAUGUAGAGACUCAAAGGAAGGACAAAUCGAAGCUCCGAGCGCCGAAAUGGCUAAAGAAGGUAUCUGCUCGCAAGGACGACAAGAGACUCUCGACAGGCUCGUUGCUGUCAACUGCCGUCCAGCAAAGAUCUGGUCUAGAGCGAGUCCGCGUCUGCUGCGUCACUGGACCAGUCGUCGAGUGGUGGGGCACUCCAGAUGAGAUGCAGGCCGAUUCAGAACCUCAUUGGGGUCAAGCGAUCUCAGAAGACGCGCCACGAUCGUCGACGGAGCCAACCUCGUAUGGCCAAAGUCGCAGAGCAAGCAGCAUUCUAUCCGCAACCUCUGGCUUUCCCUUCGCCUCAGACAAUCUAGCGCUUCAAUGCGUGCCCGUCACGCGCGACGUGCUCAUCGAUCUGCAAUUCCUCUUGCUACCGCCAGCUCAGAUUGGCUCGCUCGAGUCGCAUUUUCAUGAAGCAAUUGCAUCAAUUGAUCGGCUCGUCUAUUCGGUAAUCGUUGAUCGAAGCCCCAGUUAUCGCUCGACGGCUCAACCGCCAUCAGCCCUGUUGAUCCGAGAGCAAGUUAUUGGUAAAGCCUGGUCCACUUUAUGCUUUGCUUUGCAGCAAGAUCUCAGCGGUAUCGGUCCAGCUGUUCUGGCCGUCGAGGGCCCUCGCCUACUGCAGAUCGUCGAGAACGUGACGUUCGCUUUCCUCAAUUCCAAAGCAUAUACGUCUUCAGUGCUGAUACAGCAUCGCAACGAUAACAGCUCGGCGUAUCGCAUUAUGUCGGCGUACCGUGACCAAGGGCUGCAGCCGACCGACUUUGGCGCAACGGCCGCGGCAAACGCAGUCGAUUUAGAUAAGCCAGUGUUUACACUGCGAGGUUUGCAGCGCAAGGAAUCAACCUUCGACCCAAUGAGCACUGCUGCGUUCAGCUCAGAGGCUCUGUCGAUGUUCAAGUCACUUAUCGCUGCUUCACGAGGUAACCGGCUGGGCGCGAUUUUGGCUGCACGUACGCCUCUGGACUGCAUCAGUAUCAUCUCAAGGGUGGUCUCGGAAACUUUCGCUGCGUAUCAGACAACACACGAUGGCGAUAUGCCUGAGACCGAUCAGGUCAUCGCAAUGCUUUGCGUCGUCAUCUGUCGCGCUGGGCUCCGGGAGCUCGUGUCUCUGGUCUUCUACGCGCGCACCUAUGGAAUCACUUCCGAUCUAGAUCCUCAGCUCGAAUGGGCCCUGGCUACUUUCAGGACCGCGCUGUCUUACGUGCGACUAGAUCCCUUUGCCUCGCAAGCUGCGAGGGAACCUGCUCAGCACAGAAUUACGCCCGCCGAUCAGCUGUCUCAAAGAGACCUUAGCCGGUCACAAGUGGCGCAUCGAAGCUCGGCUACAAUUGCAGAUAGCAUUCGUCUUUCACUCGACGAUGACGAUGCUUCACUCUCACGCCCUUCGGGCUCAUUCAGUCGUCAUUCGUCGCACGACUCAAGUCCCUUCUCGGAGAUGCCUCCUCCGGACAGAUUGCCACUACGGGCUCGAUCGUCCUAUGGCGUAGACGGCGCGGCUCGCGAACGCUUGUCUGACCUCACAAUGGCGAUCAGGCCAAGAUUGCAGCUCGACACGCGAGCGAAUAAAUUGCAAAAGCGCGAUCGUCCGCACCCGAUGAGUGCAUCGAGUCAGGAGCUACUGGGGCAGCAAGCUCGCAGCGUGGCACUGAAUCGAUGGAUGACAACGAACACGCUUGAUUCGUCAGCUUCUCCCCCGAAACAUGUUGCUCGUGCUAGCUUUGACUCGUGGCGCAACAUGAUGUCGCAAGGCACGUCCUCGGACAAUAGCCACUCGUUCAGGUCUACCUCGCCAUUCCCGCGUCGAUCGGACCUUGGCGAGGGCAGUCAAGAGUCAAAUCAACAGCCUUCCACUUGGUGGGAUUGGGGUCGCGCGAGACUCAACAGUGUCACGUCGCUCAAUCUCGUAUCAAAUUCGCCGGAUACUGGUGAGCUAAUCUCGGGCAGAUCACGCACAAAUUCCGAGGCGGCCAGUCUGUUGACCUCCUUGCCGGCUUUGGCCGAGCCUCAGCCUUCCAAUCUGCACGUAUAUGCAGAUGCCCGCACACAGCGGCCACGGCCACGCUCCCUGAUCUCACUCAAGUCGGCCUCAUCUUUCGAAACCGACCAAUCGAAUAACACGGAUAAGCUGUGCGUGCCCAGCAAUUCCUCCGGUCGGCCUUUGCAUGCGCGAAGAGCAACACGUACAGACAGCAUACGUCGUGAAGUGCUUGCGCCUCGCUUGGAUCUAUCGAGCGCGGUCUCUCAGAUCCCAAAAAGUAGUCCGACUACCAAUGGCGAUAGUCGAUUGCGAAUGUAUCGAAGUCAGUCACUAUGGGCGCCACCCUCUCCAAUUUGCGAGGUGACCUCGCCUGUCGUGUCUGUUUCGACUCAGUCUGCCAAUUCUGCGCAUCAUCCGCCUGACAUAUCAGCACUAUCGCUCGGUAAAAGUUGA